CUGGGAGAUGCUCGCGUUGGGGCAGCCUCCGUGAGCUCCCCUGGGGCUCUCGGGCAGCCCGUGUGCGUGCUGCUGCAGCCCGCAGUCGGCCUCCCUCCGGCACGAACGAUUGCCAAGCUAAGGAGCACGUAGGAGCGGCUAACCUAACCCUACCCCAGCAGCACCAUGCUGGACCUCCUCGACCUCUCCAUCGGCAAGAGCAAGCGCGAGCCCACGGCCGAUGAGAAGCUCGCGGCCCUGAGCCGCGACACCCGGCGACGGAAGAAGAUCCUGCAGGACGCCUGGGCCGAGAGCCAGCGCGUCGACACGGUGAAGCACGCGAAGAUCCACGGCCUCGUCGGCUACGAGAUGCUGCGGCGGAAGGACGAGCAGAAGCGGGACGUCGAGGUGCGACGCGGCGUCCUUGGAAUCCGUCGACCGAGACGCCAUCGACGCGACCCGCUCCCCUCGUCCAAAGCAGGGCACGCACCGGUCGACCUCCACGCAGGAUUGGUUCCGCACGCUCGACGUCACGCGGGACGGCUCUGUCGAUGCUCGCGAGCUCAUCGAGCCCAUGGCCAUUUUGGGCGUGGCCCGGGACCGGGCCGCCGUCGAGCGGCUCGCCAACGCCAUCAACGAGAAGGACGCUGACGGCGAACCUGGCUUGAACAUGGACGAGUUCCGCGACUUCGCCAUCACGAACGGACUGCGGCCGGCCGAGCUCCGAAAGACGGCGGCGAAGGGCUCGAGCGACCUGCUCGCAGUCGAGACGCAGAUCUCCGUCGCGCGGCGGCGCCAGAUGCUCGACGCGCUCAUGGGUCCCGGGUCCCCCACGUCGCCGGAGAAGCGCAAACAGCUCGACCAGCUGCGAGUCAUCGAGAAGUGCGCCGAGUGGGCCGCGUGCGUCGACCCGCCGCCGCCGAAGGCGCGCUCGACGCGGCCGCGGCGACCCUUCGCCGCGCGGCUCGACGCCGAACUGUCGCGGCGGAAGCGGGCCGCGGCGGUGCCCCCGAGGUAUCGGAAGGUAUCCGCGGCCAAGAAGCCGAUGCAGGCCCUGCUCGGGGCCUUCGACCGGACGAAGCGCUUCGAUAUGACGCUGCCGAAGUCUCCGAAACGAAAGCCGCCGCGCGAGAGACGGGCUGACCCCGAUUACACUGCCGUGACCGUGUACCGGCCCGGGUCGAGCUGGCCCGCGGUCGUCCACGUGUCGACGCGGCCUCCGGACGAGACGGCGGCUCUGCGGACCGUGACGUUCUCGAGUCCCGUUGCCGUGCCGGGGUGAGUAAGUACGGAGAUUGCACAUUUGCUAGUGUCUUACAUGCCGCUAGC